AUGGAUCCUUCAAUUAAUGCAAGAGCAGAUCCUGUUUAACCUUUAAAAGUAUGUCUUCUCACACAUCAAAUGAAAUCAAUUGAAUCAUAUAAUUAUUAGGGUCAUAAACCUUUAGAAAGGAAAGAUAUAAGACCAAAUUAUAAGUCCACUUAGCUGGAGAGUGGUUUGUAGAUCUUAACUGAAACUGCUAAUUUCCCAAGUGCUAUUCAUAUGGGUAUGUUUAGAUUGGAAAAUCAAUUAAAAAUAGGUAUUCUGAUUGAAUGUGGAGCAAGAGAUGAAGACGUGCAUACAUCAGGUGUCCUUGCAGCAUUAAAGAGCAUUCAGUACAAGACUGCCAAGCACUCUAAUGAAACCAUGAACUAUGGAAGAAUCCAAUUAAGUGGAGGAGAUAUUGUGAUGGACUAUGAUAUGGAGAGAAUAUAUAUUAAAGGAUCAUGUGUUGAGCACAAUGCUUCAGAUUAGCUUAAGAUGAUGAUAGACAUGGCUUUCGAGCCAAAGACAAAGGGGGCAUGUGAUGUUGCCAGAGUCCUUUAUCAAAGAAAUCAUGAGUAGAUACAAUCUAUGGUUAGUUAGGAUCCUAGUAUCUUAGCUAAUGAUGAACUAAUGAAGACUGCUUAUGGAGAAUAAACCCUAGGAAUGCCUCUCUAAGGCCUUUACUAAAAUGCUCACAAUAUCAAUGCUGAAACUAUUAAUGGCUUCAUUGAUGAAUAGAUCUCGCCAGAAAGAGUAUUGAUUGUUGCUAAUGGAGUUGAGAAUCAUGAAGAUUUUGUAGAUCUUGUGAGACUUCACUUAGGGGGCAAUGGUCCAAUUUAGAAAUCCCCAAAGCCAAAGAUUCCCAGCAAGUAUCAGGGAGGAUUCUAUACUCAUAAGAUAAAUGAUUCCGAAACAAUAAAGAUAAAUCUUGCAUUUGAAACUGUUCCAUGGCACAGCACAGAGAUGCCAGCAUUCUUCGUAAUGAACACAUUGAUUGGUAAUGCUUAGAGUUUCUCUUCAGGAGGUCCAGGUAAAGGCAUGUAUUGCAGAGCUAUUACAAAUAUGAUGCAGAAAUAUGAAAUGAUCAUUGAAGCAGGAGCCAUUAAUAAUCAUUACGCUGACUCUGGCUUAUUUGGCUUGAGUAUCACUGGAAACUCAAUUUAGUAUGAGACUUUAUUGAGGGUGAUUUGUGAAGAAAUGCAGAAUCUCUCUAAGCCAAUCUAAGACAUAGAACUCCUUAGAGCUAAGAAUAUUCUUAAAAUGAAUGUACUGAUGGCUAUGGAAAGAAAAGAAGAGCGUCUUGAGGAAAUUGCAAGAAAUUACAUGACAUACGACGACCUAACAUUUAUGUAGUACCUUCCUAAUAUUGAUAAAGUAACGAGUGAUGAUGUUAAUAAAGCAGCACUUAGAAUUAUGAAGACAACACCUACUUUAGUGGCAUUUGGAGGAUACGCUGAUAAGAUAACUCCAAGGCUUUUAAGUAGGCAUUUUUGA